AUGCUGAGAAAGUUUGGGUUCCUGCUGCUGAUACUUGCGAUUAAUCCGGGGGGUUGGACUGGAGUGCGCGCCCAGAGACGCUGUAUGAUUGCUCGAAACGUUGUCCAGAAUGCCCGACGCAUCUUCUUGUUGCGUAAUGCCCAGAAUCAGUGGUCUCUCAAGCGCACAGAUAGCUCGGCUGUUGGCGAAGUGUUGCGGUUGUACUGCAACGCAACCACCAUUACACCGUCCACCUGUCAACCAAAUGGGGCCUUUAGACCGCCUAUAGCUACGGCUUGUCCAAGACCACCGUUUCCUAGCGCUAUACCUAUUGUGGACCGCAGAUGUCGGGGCACAGCCUAUCAAGUGGGUCAUCGGCUUUUCGGGGCUAUGCAUGAGCUAUACCGUUCGUGUUACGACCGAAGGCAAAUGCGUGUGAUGUAUGUCGAUCAUCGUGUCUUUGGCAAGAGUUUCAUUCCACAGCGGCCUUGUGUCGCUUGGUCAGCCGACGGAGUCAUCACACCAGGCCAGGAGCGCGCUUUCUUGCGGGGCAACAUAUACGCAACCUUCCAAAACUUAUUUGGCGUACGCAAUCGCUACAUCAGCAACAAUCAGGUCACAGUUAUCAAUCGUGGCCAUUUGGCCGCAGCAGGUGACUUCUUCUUCGGCGACCAGAUGUGCGGCACCUUUAAGUAUGUGAACGCAGUUCCCCAAUUCGCCAGCAUAAAUGAUGGUAAUUGGGAGGCAAUUGAACGAUGGAUUCGCAGUCGUCUGCCUGUCAACUCCUUCUACAAUGUGCGCACUGGAGCUGUAGGGGUGCUGCGACUCGCCGACGAGCGUUCGAACCCACCACGCAUGAGGGAUGUCUUCUUGGGUAACAGGCGCUUCCCCGUCCCCUUGUGGAUGUACAAGAGUAUUCGCAAUGCCCAAAACCAGCCACUGGGCGUUUUCCUCACCCUCAACAAUAUUUAUGCCAGAGCUAUGCCGGCGCCUCCAGCGUUCUGUAGACGAGUAAAUUGUCCAUUGCAGUUGAAUAAUGUCGUCAGUAGAGGUUUCACAAUGUGCUGCAAUCCGGCGACUUUCAAUCCUCCACACUAA